AAAUUUCAGAGCUCUUGCACUUUUCAAGAGUUUUACUUUGAUGAGUGAGACAUUUGUCUUUUUAGUGUUUAUUUUCUAAACUUAAAAUAGUAGCAUCAACAUCACUCAAUUAUAAUUCUUAAGAUGUUGUAGAAAAAUAUUUUAUAGAUGGAAAGUAAUCGAUAUUAAGACAAAUAAGAAACCAAACCGGACUUUGUGUUCAGACCGAAUCAAAUCUGAAUUGGAGAAAUUAUGGUGGAGGCGAAAGUCAACGGAACUAAAGUAUAAAACCAAAUGUCAAAAAUAAAACCCAAUUUUCAUCCUUAAACGAACCUGCUGAAACCCUAAUUUCGAUUACCAAUUCCGAUCUAAAAAGAAGUCAUGGAAGCCAUUGAUUCCGCAAUCGAUCCUCUCAGAGAUUUCGCUAAGAGCAGUGUUCGUCUCGUCCAGCGCUGUCACAAACCCGAUCGCAAGGAAUUCACGAAAGUAGCUGUGCGUACGGCGAUUGGAUUUGUGGUGAUGGGAUUCGUUGGAUUCUUCGUGAAGCUCGUUUUCAUCCCAAUCAACAACAUCAUCGUUGGAUCUUCUUAGUGUAGUACUUUCUUUACGAGGCAAUGCUCCGAGGAGUAGGAGGAGAAGAACGAACCAAACGACAUUAUCAGCCCUUUGAGGAAGCUCUUAGUUUUGUUAUUGUUUUUGUAGCCAAAUUCUCCAUUCUUAUUCCAUUUUCACUUAUCUCUUGUUCCUUAUAGACCUUAUAAGUUUUUUAUUCAUGUAUACAAAUUAUAUUGUCAUCAAGAAGUAUCUUUAAAAUCUAAAUCUCAAAUCACCAGGACUAUGUUUUUGUCCAAUUCGUGGAACCAACUUGCAGCUUGUAUCCAUUCUCUUAACCAAUAAAAAAAGA